AUGUCGCGCGAAUUUCUACUCCAAGGCGUGACUUUCGCCUUCCACUGUUUACCGCCAUCUGAGUGCCAUAAAUUGGCAUUGUUACUUCAGAGUCACCAUGGUAAAUUGUACGAUGCAAAAGAUAAUCCAACAUUUGUGUAUGUAAUUACAAGCUACUGGACCGAUUGUAAACCUGGUGCAACACUUGCCAACGUGCCGAAGCGCCUCGUAACACGCUUUUGGUUACUCGAAUCGCUCCGACUGAAGCGAUUGUUGCGUCCUACAAGUCACAUUUACUUUCAGCCACCUGUACGACCAAGUACGUUGUGGCUUCAGUAUCCACGUGAAAUGUACGACGAUAAGAAAUUGGACGACUCAAACCCGAAAGUUCUUUUGCCAAGUUCUCCACAAUUUUUAUUCCGAGGUGAAGUGGCAGUAUGGCCUUAUGUUGCGUCAAUUUUGGCACAACCAAUUGCAAAUAUUCCCGACUUUAUUGCCAAGUUGCGAUUAAUGACAAUCUUGAAUUCACGACAGCCAUUUAAUAGUCUCGAGUACGCAUUGAAGCAGUUGCUAACAUUAGAGGAAAAGAACAAGUGGUUUCAUGAUGUGUUGCCAAUGAUGCAACAAUUGGUGUUGCAAAUGCCACAAAUGUUUGCAAUUCCACCGCCACUAUUAACACCAUACCACAAAGUUGCAUCUCACAAUGCAACUGUUGCAUCAUAUCCAGCAACUCAAAUGCAUCGUUUUACAAAACUUCAAGUGUUGACACUCGUUUGUGCCUGUUUUUUUGGCAUCUUUCCGAACCAAAAAAUUGGUACAGUUGGUAAAUUCACUCAAGUAUCUCAGCGCAAUGACAUUCACGACGUUCAAAAUGUUCAAUUUCCAUCAUUUUCUGCUAUUCAAAUGUUUUCAGCAUCAACUAGCAGAAUGAUGGUGUUAAAAGGGCAUAAAAUUCGGUGUUUCUUGCAAUAUUUCUUUCGUAUGGUACCACAUGCAAAACCAGACGAGACAGUUUUGACGACAGAAAUAAUUGAUUUUGUACGUGUAGCGGUACAUGUACCAAAGUGUAUACCCACGUCUUAUACACCUUCAAAGAUCCUUGAAAUGUUAUAUCCCACGACAAAAGAAAUGGCCAUGUACCCACCAUUGAGUACAGCAAUGUGUGUAUCGGACAAAUUGAUUGAAGAUCUGAACGAACACAUGCAAAUUGAUUUUGCAAAUGAAUUUCCUGGUGGUGGUGUAUUGGAUUCUGGUUGUGUACAAGAAGAAAUUCGUUUUUUAAUCUCACCGGAAUUACUUGUAUCAUGUCUUGUCUUCUCCAAGCUUGAAUCAUAUGAAACAUUUGUUGUUCAUGGUACUGAACGUUUUUGUACGUACAAAGGUUACGGUGGUACAUUUCAAUAUACCGGUAAUUAUCAAGAUAAGACUGAUCGUACAAUAUUGUCCAAUAAUUCUUUUCGUCGCAAUAAUAUUGUCGUUGGAAUGGAUGCUACUGAUUAUAGUAUGACACAAGUCGAACGUCAAUAUUCUCGUGCUCAUGUAUGGCGCGAUCUUGUAAAAGCAUUUGCUGGAUUUAGUUAUAAAACUGACGAAACUUGCUCAUGGCCAGUGGGUACAGGAAAUUGGGGAUGUGGUGUAUUUAAAGGGGAUCGUGAAUUAAAGUUUUUGAUUCAAUGGCUUGCUGCAUCGUUACAUGAUCGUAAUCUCGUUUACGUUGUUUUAACACAUGAAAUGGAGAUACAAAGUAAGGUGAAGUUACUGUUAAAUGUUGUAACUAGUAACCACGCGAAAGAAUGGGAUCGUCAAGAAGGUGGAUUGACGCUUUGGCUUACGUCAUUUCUAUUUCAAGAAAUUGAAACGAAAGGUCAGACUGAAAGUGUAUUAACGCGUGCUUUGUUAUCGUUAGAACGAGCAUUGAAAAUAUAUCAAGAAAUGGGGAAGUCAAAAGGUGAAAUGGAAAAGAUCUUGGUCAAAGAUGUAUCAUGUCAAGAAAAGGAGAGUAGUGACAUUGUCAUCAAAAGACCCAAACGAAGCUAG